GAUCUAGCAGAGCAUUCCCGCGCAGCGCGCACCGCUCUCGGCGCCCGCGGCCGUCGACCUCCACCCCUGCAACAGUGAGGCACGGCCGCCGCCCCCGGCGACCCCGAGCGCGCGACUCCGAGGGGGGGGGGCCCGGCGACCCCGUGCUCGCGCCGCGGGCGGGCGAGCGCCCGUGGCGCCCCCGACGGCGCCGUGGGCACGGUGCUGUGGCCUGCAGGCCCCGGCCACCCGGGCCUUGGGCGCCGAGCAGGCAGGGACCUCUUGGGGCACAGGGCGGUGCAGCGAAGACGGAACGGCGUCGGACACCCUGGGGGGCGAGCGGCGCCCUCUGGGGAGGGCGCUCACGGCGAGCCACGCAGCCGCCCCCCCCUGCCCCGCAGCCGCCACGCAGCCGUAAGCAUAAAAACUCGGAGGUCCGAGUUGUGAUGUUUCAGUCGUUCUUCGUUCCCUUAUGCAGGAGCGAAAGAAGCACGCACACGCACAUGAAUCCACGUUGGCUUCGAGAGUGCGCACUGCGCGGACGUUCGCAUCACGCGGGCGGUCUCGCGGAGUGGGGGGUCGUGUUCAUGCACGUGGUUGCGUGCAUACGUCGUUGUGGGUUCCCUAUGGUUGUGGCUCGCCCAUUUCCCUCAACAUUCCCGAGAUGGGGCCUUUUCGGGGUACCCGCAGCCAUCUUGAUUCAAUAUUCCUUGCCUACGUAGUUGAGCGAGCGAUCAGCUGCCUGCGGCAAAUUCCGCCACAGUGCCGGCGCAGCAGCACAGCGGCACUUCACGAAGGAGGCUGACUUUCAGGCCUGCUCCAGUUCAGCGCGCUGUUUGAACUGGCGCGGGUCUUGAGCACCUCCUUCCUGUCCGCAGCCUCGUUCUCCUUCCUUCUCCUUUCUCCUUUUCCGCCUCCUCCUCCUCCUUCUCCUCGCUACUCUUCCCUCUUGAUCGCAUCUUGCAGGCUUUUGUUGGCUUAUGUUACGGUUUUCUGAAGCUGGUUGCGAUGAGGGGGGCAUGAGUUUCGGAGGACUACAGACCCCCACCAGACCACCGAUCAUUCUAACACCCCAUCGUGACAACUUAAGGCAGGUGGAUAUUUGCUUGUUUUUGAUAGGAUGACAGCCUUGAAGGCCCCGAGUCUUGUCUUGCUGACUCAUGCCAGCGCACUACACGCCGCGAGUUCCAUCAGGGCAGGCUCCAUUGCGAAUGCGUCGGCGGCGUGGGCGGCGGUACCUGGAGAUCAGAGAAGGAAAAAGGUACCACUACCGCUACGGUAGGUUCGCGCGGCGUUGGCGCGCCGGCGACGCCUGCGAAGGCGUUCCAGGUUGAAUUCUGCGACGUGGAAGCGCCGAGGGACACGAUAACGCAAUUGGGCCCGACGGAAUCCAACCUUGAACGAUCGGGGCCGCGAUCGAUUCAAGGUUGAACGAUCGACGCGGUGUCAAAAACCUUUGCGCGCGCCGACGCCGCACGAACCUGCCGUACCCUGGCCUCGGUUUCGCCUUUUUGGGCCUCCUGAGAGGCCAUCGUCGCCACAGUUGGGUCCGCUGUGAAAUUCUGGUCAGAACGCACCCUUGGAGAGGUCCGGGGAGUAGCGGCAUCGGUGCCUUGUUGUCCCCCCCAGGAUACUCAGGCCCGAACAAUGGGUACUGGUUUAUAGGUGACUCAGGUGUGGCCACCGCCUUGUUCGACGCCGGCCCUGGGUGCCCGGCGACCGCAGCACAAGCCGCGACAUAUUGCAGUUCGGACCCUGUGUGCCGCGGCUUCAACGUGCACGCCGCGUGGGGCGGGGGCUGCGCGCAGUACUUCGGUGGCAGCAGCGUCAAGCUUUCGUACAAAGGAGACUGGACCGGCUACUUGAAAGACCCCACGUCAGCCCCCACGUCAGCCCCCACGCCAUCCCCCACGUCAGCUCCCACGUCAGCGCUGGCGCCCGCGUCUGGGGCAGCUGGGGGGGCCUCCGCUGUUGGUGAUCCUCAUUUACAGAAUGUUCAUGGUGAGAAGUUCGACUUGAUGCAGCCCGGUAACCACCUCCUUAUCAACAUUCCGCGGAAGGCCGCCGAGAACGCUCUGCUUCGCGUAGACGCGAAUGCUCAGAGGCUAGGUGGACAGUGCACUGACUUGUACUUCCAAGAACUGAACAUCACAGGGGCGUGGGCGAAUGCGAAGCAGAGCGGUGGUUUUCAUUACAAGGCUCAGGACGCCGUUGGCGAGCGGUCCCACUGGGCGCGCUUUGGGAGGGUGCAGCUGAAGGUCGCCCAGGGCCGCACGGGUAAAGGUACCAAGUACUUAAACUUCUACGUCAAGCACCUCUCGCGCGCAGGAUUCUCUGUCGGAGGACUCCUGGGAGAGGACGACCACUCCCUCGUGGAGACGCCUCUGGAGUCAUGCGCUCACCGCCUCGCUCUGUAGACGCCGGGCGUCGCCUUGUGCAUCCCUUUUGUAGCCUUGGUAGAGACUGCCCUCGAAUUCUGCGGAGAGUAGAGCUUUCGCUGUUUCUGUCGCGCGAACAAUAAGCUGGCCCUCUGGUCCAGGGUACGUGGAGGGGGGUUUAGCCCAAGGUUGAGUCAGGGAGCGGACCAAGCUUGAGGCUGACCGUUCCAUCUUCCAGG